CCUUCGCACUCCCAUUCUCUCUCUCUCUAUCUCUGUAUUGUGCAGUCAAAUAGCUGCUCGUUCUCAAUCGUCUCUGUGUUCAGGACCCGAGAGGAAGCGACCAAUUCUCGUAUCCACUCAUGACCGUCAUGACUCCUGCCCCUAUCGAUCAACAGGAGGAUGAGGAGAUGCUUGUUCCCCACUCGGAUUUGGCUGAGAACAAUCACCAACCCAUGGAAGUGGCAGCGCCCGCUGAAGCCACAAACGCAGCGGACAAUCAGCCAGUGGAUGAUCCUCCCCCAUCAAGAUUUACAUGGCGGAUUGACAACUUCUCUAGGAUGAACACUAAGAAGCUUUACUCUGACAUUUUCAUAGUUGGUGGUUAUAAAUGGCGGGUACUUGUUUUCCCAAAAGGAAACAAUGUGGACUACUUGUCUAUGUACUUGGACGUUGCUGAUUCGGCAAGCUUGCCAUAUGGAUGGAGUAGAUAUGCGCAGUUCAGUUUAGGCGUUAUAAAUCAAAUACAUAACAAAUAUACUGUCAGAAAAGAUACGCAACACCAGUUCAAUGCCCGGGAAAGUGAUUGGGGUUUCACAUCCUUUAUGCCUCUUAGUGAACUUUAUGAUCCUGUUAGAGGUUAUCUGUUGAACGAUACUCUUAUAGUGGAAGCUGAGGUUAUUGUUCGUAGAGUUGUAGAUUACUGGACAUAUGACUCCAAAAAAGAGACUGGUUAUGUUGGUCUCAAGAACCAAGGAGCAACAUGUUAUAUGAACUCUCUCCUCCAGACACUUUAUCAUAUUCCUUACUUCAGGAAGGCUGUGUACCAUAUGCCUACUACUGAGAAUGAUAUGCCAUCUGCAAGUAUUCCGUUGGCUCUCCAGAGUUUAUUUUAUAAGCUCCAGUACAGCGACAGCAGUGUAGCGACGAAAGAGUUGACCAAGUCCUUUGGAUGGGACACAUAUGAUUCUUUCAUGCAGCAUGAUGUGCAAGAACUAAAUAGGGUUCUGUGCGAAAAGCUUGAAGACAAAAUGAAGGGUACUGUCGUCGAGGGUACUAUACAGAAACUAUUUGAAGGACAUCAUAUGAAUUACAUCGAAUGCAUCAAUGUAGAUUACAAAUCUACUAGAAAGGAGUCAUUUUAUGACCUUCAGCUUGAUGUCAAAGGCUGUCGAGACGUUUAUGCUUCUUUUGAUAAGUAUGUUGAAGUUGAACGCCUGGAGGGUGAUAAUAAGUACCAUGCUGAGCAAUAUGGGUUGCAGGAUGCAAAAAAGGGGGUUUUGUUCAUUGACUUCCCCCCUGUUCUUCAACUCCAAUUGAAACGAUUUGAAUAUGAUUUUAUGCGGGACACUAUGGUGAAGAUCAAUGAUCGCUAUGAGUUUCCUCUGCAACUUGAUCUUGACCGCGAGGAUGGUAAAUAUUUGUCUCCUGAUGCUGAUAGGAGUGUUCGCAAUCUCUACACACUCCACAGUGUUCUGGUUCACAGCGGUGGGGUGCAUGGUGGACAUUAUUAUGCAUUUAUCAGACCUACUCUUUCUGACCAAUGGUAUAAAUUUGAUGAUGAGAGAGUAACAAAAGAAGAUAUAAAGAGAGCACUAGAGGAGCAAUACGGUGGAGAGGAAGAGCUGCCGCCAACAAAUCCCGGAUUUAACAACACUCCAUUUAAGUUUACCAAAUACUCAAAUGCAUACAUGCUAGUGUAUAUACGUGAGAGUGACAAGGACAAGAUCAUCUGCGAUGUGGAUGAGAAGGACAUUGCCGAACAUCUGAGGGAGAGAUUGAAAAAAGAACAAGAAGAAAAGGAACAUAAGAAGAAAGAGAAGGCCGAGGCGCACUUGUACACAAUCAUUAAGGUUGCGCGGGAUGAAGACCUCGCUGAACAGAUUGGAAGGGAUAUUUAUUUUGACUUGGUGGAUCAUGACAAAGUUAGAAGUUUCCGCAUUCCAAAGCAGAUGCCUUUUAACAACUUCAAGGAGGAGGUUGCCAAAGAAUUCGGCGUUCCGGUGCAAUUUCAACGGUUCUGGCUUUGGGCAAAACGCCAGAACCACACCUAUCGUCCUAAUCGGCCAUUGACUCCGGCAGAGGAAACACCAUCUGUAGGGCAGUUGAGAGAAGUGUCAAAUAAAGUUCCGAAUGCCGAAUUGAAGUUGUUCUUGGAAGUAGAACUUGGGCUGGAUAUGCACCCCAUUGCCCCGCCUGACAAGUCAAAGGAAGAUAUACUAUUGUUUUUCAAGCUUUAUGAUCCUGAGAAGGGAGAGCUGCGAUAUGUUGGAAGGCUUUUCGUGAAGGGUACUGGUAAACCUGCUGAAAUCUUGACCAAGUUAAAUGAAAUGGCUGGUUACUCUCCCGACCAAGAAAUUGAACUUUACGAGGAAAUAAAAUUCGAGCCUAAUGUCAUGUGUGAACCCGUUGACAAGAAAGUUACAUUUCGAGCUAGCCAGCUUGAAGAUGGAGAUAUCCUAUGCUUCCAGAAAUCUCUUCCAACUGAAAAUGGUGAACAAUUUUCCUAUCCAGAUGUCCCUUCCUUUCUGGAAUAUGUGCACAAUCGUCAAAUUGUCCACUUCCGUUCUCUUGAUAAACCCAAGGAGGAUGAUUUCUCUUUGGAGAUGUCUAAGCUGUAUACCUAUGAUGAUGUUGUGGAAAGAGUUGCUCAGCAGCUUGGUUUGGAUGAUGCAUCAAAGAUCAGGCUCACAUCUCACAACUGUUACUCUCAACAACCCAAGCCCCAUCCUAUAAAGUAUCGUGGAGUGGAUCAUUUGUCUGAUAUGUUGGUUCACUAUAACCAGAGUUCGGAUAUUUUGUACUAUGAAGUGCUAGAUAUCCCUCUUCCAGAACUACAAGGUUUAAAAACUUUGAAAGUAGCAUUUCAUCAUGCUACUAAGGAUGAAGUGGUCAUCCAUACAAUCAGACUUCCAAAGCAGAGUACUGUUGGGGAUGUGCUCAAUGAUCUCAAGACAAAGGUUGAGUUAUCUGAAGCUAAUGCAGAACUUAGGUUGCUUGAAGUUUUCUACCACAAGAUCUACAAGAUCUUUCCCCUCAACGAGAAAAUUGAGAACAUAAAUGAUCAGUAUUGGACAUUACGUGCAGAAGAGAUUCCGGAAGAAGAGAAACAUCUUGGUCCAAAUGAUCGUCUAAUCCAUGUAUACCAUUUCACAAAAGACACCGCUCAGAACCAGAUGCAAGUUCAGAACUUUGGAGAACCCUUUUUCUUGGUAAUACAUGAAGGUGAGACCUUGGCUGAAAUAAAAGUACGUGUACAGAAGAAAUUGCAAGUUCCAGAUGAGGAGUUUGCUAAGUGGAGGUUUGCAUUCCUCUCGUUAGGUCGUCCAGAGUACCUUCAGGAUCAUGAUAUAGUGUCAAAUCGUUUUCAGAGACGAGAUGUUUAUGGUGCUUGGGAGCAAUAUCUCGGAUUGGAGCACUCUGACACUGCUCCUAAAAGAGCUUAUGCAGCUAAUCAGAAUCGCCACACGUUUGAGAAACCAGUGAAAAUAUAUAAUUGAAAUCCGAUGGUUGGAUCUUCUUUAACUGUAUUGGCUCGAUACAAGAUGCACCAUUUGUUUGUGGAAAAUCAGCGAGGUGGUUAUGGUCAAAGAUGAUUUCGGUUGAUCUGAUGUUUUUGUUGCUCGUUUGUUUCUAAUGUGGAUGGAGAAGUUAAGCCUGAAGCAAAUUACAUUCUCUGAGCGCACAUACCGCUUCCAUUUCUUGAGAUGGAGUCUUGGGCGAUCUCCAGUGGGCUGUCACUGGUAGUGUAUUUUAACGGUACAUAAACGAAAGAUUUUGGACUGGUUAUUGUAUACAUGGUAUAGUAGGUUGCCUUAGUCUUUAUAUUUUGCUUCAUCUGCUUCUUCGAUUUUUGAUUACCGGAGUUAUGUCUAGAAAAGAUGGGGGAUUCUGUAGUGACCUAUAGGUACUCUUAGCAUCUUUCUUGAUUUGUAAAGGAAAUUUGAAAGAUGCUGUAUUUUCAUUGAUGGACUCUAAUUUUUAGUCUCCUCUGCCUAUUUUUGGCAUGGAGGAAUCAUUUUGGAUUUUCA